AUGUAGCCUAUAAACUCAUUAAAAGAGAAGGUUGAUUUAUUAAAAUUCUACUAAUAACAAAUAAAGGAAAUAUGCAAUAUUUCUUUGGAAUUAGACUUAGAUUGUUAAGGAUAAAAUUAAAUCAGUUUGACAAAUUUUAAUUUAAGCUGUAACAGUGAAGAAAAUAAAAUCCAAGCUAGAAGUUUAACUUAACUUUAAAAAAAUAAUAGCUCUUAAAAUUAUGAGAAAUUUACUUAUACGAAUUAACUGACCAGCUCAACUACAAACUAUAAUUCAUUAUAUAAGUAAAAUGGGAUACUUGCCAAGCAAAUCUUAGGCUCAGAUAUGACAAGAAGUAAAGUAAUAAUUACAACUGUAUCUCCGAGAUAACAUUUCGAGUGCAUACCAAUGACCCCAGCUGCUAGCUAAAUUGAAUAACUGAAUAUUUAAGUUGAAGAGUCGUUUGACGAAUGUUAAAAUAUAAAUAAAUAAAAUAAUAUAAAUUACUUCCAAGAAUAAUAAGCGAAUUAGAGUAAUAAUAAUUUAGAAUCACCUACUACAAUUAUCUUUUCUCGCAAUAAAAAUCAAAGACUUCAGCAGAUAGAAAAAAUAAACUAAUUUCACUUUAAUUACGAUGCUGACCUAUAAAAAAUGAAUCAGGAUUAAGAAAAUAAAAUGAGACACUUAAAUUCAAAUAACUUAAAUGAAUAUCUUUCAAAAGAAUAGAGUGAAGAACCUUUACCUAACAGUAAAUGUGAAUUGGUUUUGUCAACUACCCCAACAAAAGUAUAAACCAAAAGCUAAUUUAAAUUCAAAAAAAGUUAGUAAAAGCUUUAAAGUUUCUAAGAAAAUAUACUUUAGUAAAACAAAGACAUGUAAGUUUUUGAAAACAUCCACAAAAGAAAACAGAUGAAAUACCUUCAAGGAAUAAAUAUCUUGGGAGUGGCUUCUGUCUUAGUUACUCUUUCGAUGACCUUACUUGGAAGUUUUAUGUUUCUAGAUAAUUUAAUUUAUCAAAGAGAAAACUUUAAAUAUAUAAACUGGAUUUAUAUGAUAAAUAAUUUACUAUCAACUCCAGCCUCUGAAUAAUAGAAAUUGAUUGGUCUUAUUAAUGAAUUUAAUUAGUCAAGAAUCAAACUUAGCAAAGAUUUUAUGAAAAAGUUAUAUAAUAACACUAACAAUGAAAUUGAAGUCUUUAAAAUUAUUUAAGAUUAUUAGAUCGUUUAAAAUAUUUAUUAAAGCGCAAGCAUAUCACAAUAACAAAAAUUGCCUAUGAUUUAUUCAAUUCUUUAGUAAAUAUAAGGGAUUUAUUACGUUGUUUCUAACAAAGAUCCUAAAGGAAUAAUCAAAAGAUAAAAUGAAAUUAACUACCCAGCUCUAAAUGAACAAGUUCAAGUUGUCUUUUCUCAAAUGAAUGAUGAAUAUUAAAGUUAACUCUCAGAAAUUUAUGACUAAAGCAUAAUUUAUGUUUAUGUCAUUACUCUUUUGACUUUGAUUUUUUUAAUUAGCAUUAUCCCAAGUUAUAUCUUUGCUAAAAAAAAAUAGUAGCAAAUUCUUAAGCUUUUUGCAACUUUUGAUAAAAAGCAAUUGAAGGAAAUUUUAGAUAAAUUAACAAAAUAAAUUCAAUAAUUUUCAAUAGACUAAAAGUAGAAUUUUUCUAAAUUUGAUUCAAAAAUUUUAAAUAUUUUGAAUUAACCUGAAACAUUUGAAGAAAAAAAACUUAAUAUUAGCAAGACUUCAUCAUUGAAAUAUUCUUUGAAAAAAUUAAUACUUGGUUUGCUGACAAUUUUUUGCGUUUGUAUAAUUUAUCCUAUAUUAAAUUAUUUUAUUGUAGCAAAGUUUAUAGACAAUUCGAGAAUUAUUUACAGCUUUAACAAUGUUGUUUGUGCCUCUUAUUUUUCUUUAGUAAAUUCUUUAAGAGCCAGGUAAGGUCUUGCUAUGGCAUUCCUAAUGCCUUAACAAUAGGUACUUUCAAGGUAAUAUUAUCAAGGAAUACUAACUUAAGUUACGACUUAACUAAAUGAAUUGCCUAAUUUAAUAAAAAAAAACUUAGAAAAAGUAAGCUCAGAAGAAUAACACAACGAAGAAAUUUUUGAUGAUUUAUUAAUUAGCAUUUUUACCCAAAAUACUUGCGAUGCUAUUUAAAAAUACAGUAAGUAUCUUAAUGCAAAUUUUGAAUACAAUUAAUGUAACUCAGUUGGUAAAGGAGCUUUUUCAAAAGGUCUCCUUAAUGGAUAUUUGUUCUUUAUCGGAGUUCACAGAGACUAUCUAUCUUUUGCUUUUAGCCAAAGCACUGAAAGCUUUUAGAAGAAUUUUAAAAAGUAUAAUAAAAAUCUCCCUGCCAUAAACUAAUUUUAAUAUAAAACUGAGCUAUCUAAAUAUUUUGAAUAUCUUUUGAUUUUCUUUUAAGAAUAAAAUCUUUUGCUCUACAAUUUCUACGAAAUAUUAACUAGUUAAACAAAGCAAUAGAAGCAUCCCAUUUUCAUUGUUUUGCUUUUGCAUUUAGCAGAUAAUGCUGAUUUAGAUGUAAAUAGAUGA